AUUAACGUGUCCUCCCUCAGGGUUUUCCUCUCCGUGGUGGCGCUGCUGGCCGUCGUGGUCUCUGCUGAAGGAAGUGUUGGACCGAGCACCAACACCAGCUUCUGCUCCGAGUCCAAGGAAUGUCUGGAGUAUCAGCUGGUCUGCAAAACCGACGAAUAUGAGGUGCGACACUACAGCCCCACCCGCUGGGUGUCCACUGAUGCCGAGGCCUACUUCAUGGGUGUGGGUGCAGCCAUGGCCUUCAGGAGACUCUUCCAGUACAUCACCGGAGCCAACGAGGGAGGCUUCCAGAUGGAGAUGACCGCCCCGGUCCUGGUGAAGAUCCCGGAGGAGACCAAGAUGUGGGAGCCGGCCGUUUACACGCUCAACUUCCCGCUGCCGGCGGCCUAUCAGGAGAAGCCGCCGGCGCCGACCAGCGACAAGCUGUACUUCACGGAGAUGCCGGAGAUGGACGUGUACGUGAGGAGCUACGGAGGCUGGAUGCUGUCGGUCACCUCCAGGCUUCACGCUCACCUGCUGACCAAAGAGCUGAAGAGAGUGGGAGCGUCCUACAACCACAGCUACCACUACGGAGUCGGCUACGACAGUCCCUUGAAGCUGUUGAACCGGCACAAUGAGGUUUGGUACGUGUCCGAUGGGGAGCUGGUCUGCACUGAUCCACAGGAGCCGACCCCCCCCACACACACCCAGACCGACUCUAACCGACUCACCCUCACUCACUCCCUCCAACCUCUCCUCACUCACUAUCCCGCUGGACCCGACGACCAACUCCUCGGACCCGGCCUCCGCGAGCCUGUCCCCGGAGCUCCGGUCCGACGGCGCCCCGUUGAACGGGACGUCCCCGGCUGA